AAGUGUUUCAACUAGCAUGUCGUUGCGACGUCUCAUCGUAACAAAGGCUUUGUUGCUGUUGACGGUCUCUUAAAAAAAAUCGGUUGCUGUUGACUGACGUCACUGCGUGCGUGUGAUUUUUUUUUUUUUUGCGUGUGUGAAGUGAUGAAGUGAAUCUGACGGACGCUCUCAUCUCUGCCUGCGCAGCCGUCUUCCUCCUCUCGCUCCCUCUCCUCUUCUUCUCCUGUUGUGGUUGUGGUUGUAGGUAGGUCGGGAACGGGAAACGAUGGCGCUGCUCAAGGUUUACGCGGACCGUCUUUCGCAGCCGUCGCGCGCGGUGAUCAUCUUGUGCAAGGCCAACCGGAUCGAUUUCGAGGAGGUCAAAGUGGAUCUGGCAAAGGGACAACACCGACGCCAAGAAUUCAACAAGAUCAACCCGAUGGGACAGGUCCCAGCAAUCAUCGAUGGAAGAUUCAAACUAUUCGAAAGCCAUGCCAUCCUGAGGUAUCUCGCCACCGUCUUCCCCGGAGUCCCGGACCACUGGUAUCCAGCCGACUUAUUUACCAGAGCUAAGCUCGAGUCCGUCUUGGAUUGGCAUCACUCUAAUCUGCGCCGUGGUGCAGCAUCCUAUGUACUGCACACCGCGUUGGGUCCUGCUCUCGGUCUCACACCCAAUCCUGAGACCGCAAAAGAGGGCGAGAAGUUGCUGUCAAAAUCACUGGGAACGAUCGAAACGGUGUGGCUCAAGGGCGAUGCAAAAUUCUUGAAUGGCAACCCCCAGCCAUCGAUCGCAGACCUCAGCCUCGUGUGCGAGAUAAUGCAGCUGGAGGUUGUCGGUGAUGAGAGACGUGACACAAUUCUAGGACCUCAUGAGAAGGUCCGUGCUUGGAUGGAGAAUGUGAAGAAGGCCACCAACCCUCAUUUCGAUGAAGUCCAUCAGCUCAUCUUCAAAUUGAAGGCACGCCUGUCGUCUGCUGCUCAUGCUCACUUGAAACCACCAUCCAAGCUCUGAACACAUUUACCGGAUUGUUGUGAAAGAACAUGGAACAAGAACAUGUUUGUGCUGUAAAUCUUCUGUACAAAAACCAAACCACCUUGCUGUUGUUAGUUUGCAUUUUUAUACAUUUCAACAUGGAGUAAGCAAUACUAGUGUUUCAAGUGA